GAGAGAGAGCGAGAGAGAGAGAGAGAGAGAGAGAGAAGAAAGGGGGGGUGAGGGAAUGUUGGACUGCAAUGGAGCAGAAUGCCAUACAGUGGUUAGGCCCCCCGUGCUGCCUCCGAGGCUCCUUUGCCUUCUACAAGUCGGUGAGCUGCAAGCCCGAGGAUGGUGGCCCCGCGAAGGUCUGGAGACUGGGAGAGUUCUACUAUGUUCGCUGUGGCCCUCAGGAGCCCGUGUGUAUCGCUGAGAUCACUCUGCUGUGGGAGGAUCAGAGACAGCGUCACCCUCUGGCCAGCUCCAGACUCUAUUACCUUCCAGAGGACACGCCCAAGGGCAGAACUAAGGAGCACGGGGAGGAUGAAGUCAUCGGUGUCUCUAAGAAGGUCGUGGUGCGAGUGGAGCAUCUGGUGAAAUGGACCUGUCCGGACCCACCUCAGUGGAAACGGAACACCAAAAAGAUCCAUGUACUCAAUGGUUCCCCCUGUAUUACAGAUCCAGAGGAAGUGAAAACCAAGGAUGAACUUUCGGGAGUUCAGCACAGGGUUAAAGUGCUCAGUUACCCGCAGUACUGCCGCUUUCGCUCCCUGCAGAAACGGAUCCAGAGCCACGCUGGCUGGUCCAGUCCUCAAGACCCUCAUCUCCUGGCUUUGGGCUGGAUCAAAAUGACCCUACACAACACCCGAAUCCUGUACUGCAGAGACACUUUCAGCCAUCCGAGUCUAGGCACCAACGCAAGUUUAAUACCCGAGUUCGGAUGCCUCUCCGUAAGCCUGAAGGGACGACCGAGGAAAAGACGGGGCCGAGACGGCGACGGAACCGAUCAGCAAAGCCUCAACCAUUCCGAGUCCUGGGGAGAGAGAAGGAAGGAGAGUGUCAUGAGCAAUGUGGAGACGAUCGAGGGGAACUGGCUUCCUCAUCCUGAGGAGAAGAUCUUUCUGGAUCAGCUGUAUGUCUUCAUGGAGCGUAGAGGAUCCCCCAUCUCCAAGGUUCCCAACCUGGGCUUCAAGAAGAUUGAUCUCUUCCUAAUGUACUCGAUUGUCAACAAGCUGGGAGGAUAUGAAGCAGUGACGUCCCGGCGCUUGUGGAAAGUGGUUUAUAACGAGCUAGGAGGGAGUCCAGGCAGUACCAGUGCUGCCACAUGUACCAGAAGACAUUAUGAAAAGUUGAUGCUGCCGUACGAGCAGCACAUAAAAGGAGGAAAUCAACAGCCGAGCAAACCCAAAGCUCCGGUAGCUUCGGCUGCGUCUAUCCGAAAGCCUGUGCGUGGGAGAAUUCCUAGCGCUCCAAGGAAGAACGGGGUCACUAGUCAGGCAGCACCACCAGCAGAUGGCGCCAGGGUGCGAAAAAGAGGGCGGCCUCCUGGGAAACGGACCGUUAAAGUUUUGGGUCGGGGCAGAGUUGGUAGACCUCCAUCGCACGCUAAAACUUCAAGUGAGAAGGCGGUGAGUAAAGUUGCCCAGCCGAUCACGGUCAUCCAGGAACUAAGGAUUUCUUCAGCACCCACGGAUACCGCCCACACACCCCAGCAGCAUAAAGCUGAGGAAGAUCUAAAGGUGAAACAGGAGAACGAACCUUCAGCUCCUUGCUUAUUGGCUGGACAAUCUAAGCUGCAGAUGGGACGCUCGGUAGAAGGGUUCAGCCCGACUAAGGGGAUGUGUCCCCUGGAUUUCUUCAGGGCUCAUUUGGGCCUCAGUGGCGCGAGCAGUCCGGUGAGAACUCAGGAGGCCUCGAUCACAAGCCAGACCAAAGCCAGGAGUCCAGAAACGCCGGAGAAUUUGCAGCACCAGUGUUCUGGGUGCAACUCGGCGCAUCCUUCUUGGACUGGAGGCCCAAGAGAGGGCCUGACUGCCAGACCUCAGCUGCCUCCGCUGAAGAUCCUCCCGCUGGACAUCGAUUGCAGUCUUCAGCUGCACCAGUUGAUGCACACCCGCCUCGGCUCGGCACACAUGAACACGUUCACCAAGCGUCUCUCCGAAGCGUUGGCUCAGGAUCUUAGCAAGACCAACGGCCACGCCCUGCCCGUUUCUCAGGAGCAGGCUGUGCCUCUCAACCUGAGCAAGAAGCCCACAACCAAGAGGUCUUCAGAUGACGCGGAUUCCCAGUGGCAAAGAGACUCCGAGGCCAAGCGGCUGAAGAUGGAACCCGUAGACCUUCGUCUGACUCUAAAGCAGAACGGAGGUUCCUCAGGACAGACGUCGGUCCAGGAUGAGCCAGCUGACCUGAGUUGUCCACGCAGGGCCAGGGCUCUUCAGGACAGGACUAGCUUAGUCUCGACUGGAUCUCAGGAUUCCCAUUUAUCUCCAAAAGCUGACCUUAAUCCUUCCACAGACUCCGUUUUCCCUUUGAGCGUCGUCUCGUCAUCGGGCGCUGCUCUGAAAUGGCAGGAAAACGACUUGAACCCCGUGGACCUGAAGUUAGGCGAGACCCCCGAGAGAAUUCUGGUUAAUCAGAACACGGAAUCCUGCCCUAAAAGCGAGCAACGUGCUCCUUACACGGAUUCCAACACAAGGGAUUAUAAAGUUCCUUCUCUUUUUUCCAAGCCUUCACAAAGCUGUUGACCUGCAGGCAUGAACAUGAGUCUGCCUAAAAAAAAAAAAAAAAUCUAUUCCUCACUCCUCUCUGCACACUUUAAUAGUAAUACUGUUCCUUCACUCGUUUUAUGCAGUCAGCCAAUCAUGUUGCAGCACAGCUUCAGUAAAUGUUCGAAUCAAGCAUCACCAUGGAGAUAUCCGGUUUGGACCAGUCCGCGCGCAAGCCGGCCUCGGAUUCCCGUUCUCGCCUGACGGGAGCGGAACCCGAUACGGUUUUCUGCCGUCGUAGCUCAUCCGCCUCAGGAUACCGCGUGUUGAGAUGCUUUUCUGCUCACCACGCCUGUACAGGGUGGUUAUUCGAGUUUCCGUAGCUCGAACCGUACCCGAAGCGCUUGGUCUAUAUCUGCAUGAUUGUAUGCAUUGUGCCGCUGCUACCUGAUUGGCUGAUUUUCGUAUAAUCCGCAUUAACGAGCAGGGUUCCUAUUAUUAAAGUGACCGGUUGGACAAUCCCGUUUCUUUGCAGAAUGUCUGAAACACUACUACUGUACUCCUCCUUUAUAUCUGUGGUUUUUAACAAAAGACCAGUCGUCUUAUGCGGUCGGAGAACUUUUGAUCUAUUUUAGCGUAUUUUAUUAUUUUAUUGCAGGACUUGUGCAUCGGCCUCGAGCGGCCCAGCCAACGAAGGUGGUUUCACGUGACUUGGGGAACGUUUUCGGUUUUGUUCUCUACGUGUACGGUGCUUGUUUUGGCGAUACAGGAAUUCCGAGUCGUAUAUUUUUAAGAUAACUUGCAAAUGUCACGUUGUAAGUCGCAAACAAGCGUCGUUAACUUAAAAAGGCAAUUCCGCAGGAAUUGGACGGCUACUGUAGUUUGUUUAUAUUUGGUCAUUUUACGGUCAUGAAUACGCUAUUAAGCUUUAUCGUUAGUGCGUUAUAAAUUGUAAACCAUAUAUUUUUUUUCCAUUUUUUUAAAAAAAAUUUAUUUCUUGAGGUGCUGUUGAUUUUACGGUUCAAGUCUUUUUUUUUUUUUUUUUUUGUAUUUUUUAAAUUUUUAUUUUAUUUUAAUUUUAAAUACAUUCUCAUUUUCCUCUGUUAACCGAAAGCUAACGUUGCUGUAAGCAUUUGCGGAGUGUCCUGUUUGGUGGUUGUUAAUAUUGAACUUGUGCAAUUAGUAAAUUUUUUUUUCUUUUUUUUUUUUAAUUUUAUUUAUAAGUUUUUAAGGGUCCAGCGAGAGCUUAAAAUUAAGGGCAUAUAUAUAAAAAUAUACACUCUUCCUGAACAUGUUUACAGAGCAGACGAUACAGAGACGUUGGGAGUUUCUUAAACAGGUGUGUUUCUGACCAUGCAAUAAUUUAAUGUGAUUGUGAAAUCUAAAGUUUCAAUUGGAUUUUAGAAAUAUUAUUAUUAUUAUUAUUAUUAUUAUUAUUAUUAUUAUUAUUAUAAUAAAAGAAGAAUAUGGCUUGUGAUAUACUUUGCAGAUUGGAAAAUGCCUGGAUCAGUUUAUUUUAAUAAAAUGAAAAGAGAAAAAAUACUUUAUUGACUAAAUUAUUCCAAAAUCCAUGCAGUUGAAUCGUUGGUUUCAGCACGGUGCCUUAUUUUCUCUCUCUCUCUCUCUCUCUCUCUCUCUCUCUCUCUCUCACAUUUAUUUUUCUGCCUUUGGUCAUCAAUGGUUUACAGCGUGUAAGUGAGCAGAAUAAAUGACACUUUGAUGCUUUAAUUCAACAGCACUGUUUAAUACGUGUGACAUUAAGCCGUUGGUAUAUUUAAUUUUUUUUAAUUUUAUUUCAGUGAAACGGCUUUUGAUUUCAAUUCCGAAGCUGAUUGAAAGCUAGCUUUGGUCCUCACUGACUGUUGUUGACGCAGUGCUUGCUGGAUUUAGCUGCUUUCAGACCCAUGCUGAUGAAUGUGGAUCAUCCAGUCCUGUCUUAUUUGUUGUCACCACAAACAUAAAAAUCUAACUUCCUGCUAAAUGAUACUGUGGACUGUUAUAUAGGAACACUCCAUAUACAUAUAUAUUAGAUAGAUACUCUCUAUCUUUUACAAGAUGUAUUUAAAGGAACCGAUGACAGUCGAUGAAGACCAUUACAACACUGAAUAUUUAUAAUAAAAAUGUUACUCUCA